AAUCUGCCGCUCCCGGCACCACCACACCUCCUCCUCCCCGCCCGAUCGGUUCCCCCCUCCCUCCUAGUCUCCACCUCCACCGCCGCGUCGCCAUGCACGCGCCGGCGCUGCCGCCUAGCAUGUGCGAGCGCACGUAGGCGUAGGUAGGCAAGCCGCCGACAUAGGUAGGUAGCUAGCUAGUUAGCAGCCGUCGCCGUUGUCGGUUGAAGCGACGUGGUUGUUAGAGGAUAUAUUGGAUAGGGAGCUAGGGGUUGGUAAGGAGGAGGCGAUGGGGCGCGGGAAGGUGCAGCUGAAGCGGAUCGAGAACAAGAUCAACCGGCAGGUGACCUUCUCCAAGCGCCGAUCGGGGCUGCUCAAGAAGGCGCACGAGAUCUCCGUGCUCUGCGACGCCGAGGUCGCGCUCAUCAUCUUCUCCACCAAGGGCAAGCUCUGCGAGUACGCCACCGACUCAUGUAUGGACAAAAUUCUUGAACGGUAUGAGCGCUACUCCUAUGCAGAAAAAGUUCUCAUUUCAGCCGAAUCUGAAACUCAGGGCAACUGGUGCCACGAAUAUAAAAAACUAAAGGCGAAGGUCGAGACAAUACAGAAAUGUCAAAAGCACCUCAUGGGAGAGGAUCUUGAAACUUUGAAUCUCAAGGAGCUUCAGCAACUAGAGCAGCAGCUGGAAAGUUCACUGAAACAUAUCAGAUCCAGAAAGAGCCAGCUUAUGCUCGAGUCCAUUUCAGAGCUUCAACGGAAGGAGAGGUCACUGCAGGAGGAGAACAAGGCUCUGCAGAAGGAGCUUGCGGAGAAGCACAAGGUCCAUAGACAGCAAGUGCAGUGGGACCAAGCUCAACAACAACAGUCCAGUUCGUCUUCCUCGUCCUUCAUGAUGAGAGAAGCUCCCCCAACAAAUAUCAGUCCUUACCCCGCGGCAGCAGGCGGCAGGGUGGAAGGAGCAGCAGUGCAGCCGCAGGUUCGCAUCGGUCUGCCACCAUGGAUGCUUAGCCACCUCAGCAACUGAAGGCUGGCCACCAGUCUCGGCGUGUAGCCCAAAAUUCAGCAGCGGUGGCAUGCUUCCUCGGCUGGCCUGCUGCUCCACCUGGUGUGUCAUUAUCUUCGAAUCUUUUUUUGAUCCCGAGGCCGGGAUUUUACCGUAAUUUCAGCAUAUAAGUAUCAAGCUGCAAUGUGUAUAUUUUGCUUUGUUCAUCACCAAUUCCCUCCGGUCUGCGCCGAGGCGGACGUACAAUGAGUAUACCCAUGUAAUACAUCCGUAGCAUGAACGGCAAGUCUUCCAUUUUCCA